GGGGGAGGGGCUUAGGCGGAGCUCCAGCUCGACCCAAACGGACCGCUGUUCAGUUCGGUCUGCGGUGAGUGGACGGUUUUCACCCAGUCAAGCCAGAACAGAUGUUUAUCACAUCUAAAGGCAAGACUAGACAGAGUCCCUUCAUCUUCUCCUCAUUUGGAAAGCAGCGAAAAAGCACUGCAAAUGGAGAAUGGAGACUGGGGAUACAUGAUGACGGAUCCGGUCACCCUGAACGUUGGAGGCCAUAUAUACACCACUUCGUUGUCUACUCUGCAGCGUUACCCAGACUCCAUGUUGGGCGCCAUGUUUCGCGGCGAUUUCCCUACAGCAAGAGACGCCCAGGGGAACUACUUCAUCGACCGCGACGGACCACUGUUCCGCUACAUCUUGAAUUUCUUAAGGACAUCAGAACUGACUCUGCCGUACGAUUUCAAAGAGACGGAGCUGCUGCGUAAGGAGGCCGACUUCUAUCAGAUAGAGCCACUGAUCCAGUGCUUAAGUGACACCAAACCGCUCUAUCCGUUGGACACCUUCGAACAGGUGGUGGAACUCUCGAGCACUCGAAAGCUCUCCAAAUACUCCAACCCCGUGGCUGUCAUCAUUACCCAACUCACCAUCACCACCAAGGUUCACACUCUGCUUGAAGGCAUCUCAAACAACUUCACACGGUGGAAUAAACACAUGAUGGACACCAGAGAUUUUCAGGUAUCUUUUACCUUUGGACCUUGCGACUAUCAUCAAGAAGUGUCCCUCAGGGUCCACCUUGUGGAGUACAUCUCCAAGCAAGGUUUCACCAUCAGGAACACACGUGUACAUCACAUGAGCGAAAGAGCCAAUGAGAACACGGUGGAGCACCACUGGACGUUUUGCAGGCUGGCACGGAAGGUUGAAGACUGAUUACUUUUGGCAAGAUGGUCUAGAUGUUCGCUCAAAAUAAGGGAUUGAGGCAGCUUAUUGUGGGUACAGUGAUGUUUUCCGUAUUGCAUGUUAUGGUUGCAUCACUGAAGCAUAUAGAUGUACAGUACUGUGCAAAGGACAGUGGCCACUUUUGAUCUAUUUAAUUUCCAGUCAGUCUGCAUUUAAGAAAUACAGCG